AUGGGUUUCGAAGCAGCUGCGUUAUUGUUGUCACAGAAUAACCCAAAAAAAGAUUCUGCAUUUUUAGAUAUUUAUUUUAAACCCGCCAUUUUUUCGUGUGGAGGGUCCAUUAUAACUCCGAGCGUUGUUCUUACUGCUGCGCACUGUGUUGAAGGGACCCCAAAGACUCUCGUGAAGUGUGUGAAGGAAGUGAUCAUGCACAACAGCUUUGAUUUGGAAACCUUAUCCAAUGAUAUCGCACUGGUAAAGCUACGCAUUCCCUUUUACAUUGAAGAGAGCGAAGGUCACAUUGGUGCGAUUUGCAUUCCGAAGAAGAUGUUCAGCAUCAUGAAUAAGGUCACAGUAACGGGAUGGGGGAAAAUUUCAGCAAAUGGUCCAAUUUCGGCCGAUAUGCAUGCAGCUGUUGUCCCCGUAAAGAAAGACCUAAUCUGCAGGAGACAUAAUGAAGGCUACAACUCACAAAGUAUGUUCUGUGCCGGGACCUCCGGGAAAGAAUCAUGCGAGGGGGAUUCUGGAAGCGCAGCCGUGCAAAAAAUAAAGGGUGUGUUCGUACAAGUUGGAAUCGUCGCAUUUGGAUAUGAGUGCGUAGAAAGACCAGGGACAGGGUUUUACACCAAUGUAUCAAAGUUCAGUGAUUGGAUUGAAAAUAAACUCAGUAUCCUUCUUUAG